CAACUCCAUCACCACCACCACCCUCCCCCACCCUCCAUCAUGCCCGACGUAGACAUGAAGCCAGUUCAGUCUACAACGACUGCGGCUCCCGCUGCCAAGGCCGUCACACGCGCACCUCCCUCGACUGAAGAGCUCCUCUUGGCCCUAUUGCGACACAAUCUCGCACUCGUACAGCGGUCCGUAUUACACCUAGAGGCACGCUUCUCCGUGCGCGCUCUGCGUAAUCUACCCACGGCAAGGAGAAGGAUUGCAGAGUAUCCUGCUGUCCUGGCCCGAGUCAUCGAGGAGGCCACAGAAGGUGACAGUGCCACGAGAAAGGAGCUCCUAGCUCUGCUACCCAAGGCAUACGAGCCCAUCAAGGUGACAGCCGAGGAGCCAGAGGCAAAGUCGGACGUGGCUGCCAUGGAUGUUGAUGAGCAGAAGGAGGGAGGAGACAAGGAUUUCAAGAGCGGUACAGAGAAGAAGGGCAAGGAGAAUGGCGAGCAAAAGGCAGCUUCAGCACCCAAGGAUCUGACUGCUAGACCUUCAUCGGAAGCUCAAAAUGAGAUGGACGCAUACUUGAAGCUGCUGACCGCAACAUGGCUCAUCGAUGAGAAGAAGGUCAAUGAAUCUCUCUCGCUGGCUCGUUCAUCGGUCGCAGCGAUCAUCGCUUCCAACCGACGUACUUCAGACCCCAUUCUCGCCAAGACCGUCUUCUACCUCGCCCGAGCUGUCGAACUCUCGUCUGGGACCUCUGGUCUGGCCGCAGAGCGCUCGAAUCUGCUUGCUCUUCACCUCACCUCCUCCCUUCGCCACGACUCUGAGACCACUGCUACGAUCAUCAACCUGCUCCUUCGCUCUUACAUCGUCGAGGGCAGUCUUUACGACCAGGCUGACAAGCUCGUGGCACGCGCUCCCUUCCCGCGUGCUCAAGCAGGCAAUUCAAACAUUGCCCGAUACGAGUACUGGGUCGGACGUAUUCGCGCUGUCCAGCUCAACUACACAGAAGCCCAUCAGCAUCUUCAGCAAGCUAUUCGCCGAGGGCCGCAACCAUCCUCUGCUUCUGCAAAGGAUGCCGUGGCUUCUGCAACUGCUCUCGAAGGUGAAGACAAGACCGCCGCCGCUGCUGCUGCUAAGGCCGAGACUCCAGCUGCUGUCGAUGAGAAGAAGCAGGCUGCCGCCGGUUUCUUCCAGACUGCCUACAAGUUCCUCAUUGUGGUGGAGCUGCUGAUGGGUGAUAUCCCCGAACGGUCCAUCUUCCGUCAAGAGGUUCUCAAGAAAUCCCUCGCCCCAUACCUGGAAAUUGUCCAGUCCGUACGCGUGGGCGACUUGCAACACUUCCAACAGUGCCUUACCGACUAUACGCCCCUCUUUCAGCGCGAUGCGACCUACUCUCUCAUCCUACGUCUGAGGCACAAUGUCAUCAAGACUGGCAUCCGUAUGAUCUCCCUCUCCUACUCGAAGAUUUCCCUCUUGGACAUCACCCGCAAGCUAGGCUUGGAAUCGGAAGAGGACGCAGAGUACAUCGUAGCAAAGUCUAUCCGCGAUGGUGUCAUUGAUGCAAAAAUCAACCACGAAAAGGGAUGGAUGAUCAGUCAGGAGCGUCGUGACGUGUACAGCACCGAGGAGCCCAGGAAGAUGUUCGAAGGGAGAAUCGAGUGGUGUCUGGGCUUGAGGAAUGAGAGCGUCAAAGCUAUGAGGUAUCCGCUCAAUGGCGGUAAAGGAGAUGAAUUGGCUAAUGCUGAGAAGGCUAGAGAGAGGCAGAGGGAGCUGGCGACGGAGAUUGCUGAUGGCGAUUUGAGCGACGAUGAAGAUGGGGGCGACUGGAUGUAGGUGUGCAACAGGGAGGCUGCAUAUAGUACUGUUACCAUUGUCAAGAAAAUGCGCAGUAGUAGCGGGGGUAUAUCGACGAAAUGACACGACUAAGCACAAGUG